UGGUGAGAGUCAAUUAGUGUUGUGUGGUGUAGUCAGCAUGCAGCAUGGCCGUGUGGUGGUGCCUGCCCUCACCGUGUUACCUGGUUACUGUCGCAGGAGCUGCCCUCGUGCCCCGGACACCCCCCACGAUAGAAGAGCUUCUCUGGACCAUCCGAGACGCCUGGCCGCCCCCGCCUCCCCGCAGCCUCUCCCUUGACAGUGAGAAAAGAGACAGACCGAAAGCACCAACACUAGAGAUGGGAACAGGAAACAAACUCAAUGGGCAGUCAGCUCCUAAGAUGGGUCUUCCUUAUAGACGCUACUCAGUACCUGAAACCGUGAUGAGAAAGUACUCUCUGAGUCGAGCGCAGACUUCAGCGUCUGAUGUCGUAACAGUGCCCACACCAUCAGUGCCCAGCAUCGGCACCAGCCAAGACAGUGGGGGUACAAACACAAAGCGAAUGUCCCACAAGGCCUGCCAGACCACCCCACCUGAUAGCUUUGACUGUACCAAGACUAGUGUUGAUAACAUUCAACUUCCACACGGUCAGGAAGUAGCCAUCCCUACUGUCAAUAUUAUCCCUUCAGUUGAUUUCAGUACAAAAUUAGAAAAUGAAGAAGUAUUUUCAAAACAUAGUUCAAAUUCCAAUGAGUUUAGCCAAAGUGAGGAAAUUUCAGAUAGCCAUGGUUGUGUAAGCCAAGUGUACAGAAGUGAAAUCAGUCUACCUGGUGCAGUUGCAGAGACGUCAAUGUUCCUUACUGUUCCAGAACUUUUAUUAGAUCCUCAUGACUGUCCAAAAGUUAACAGCGAUGAAGAGGAUUUUAAUAGUGCCACUGUACAAUUUCAUGACACCAAAAAUAUUUGUGGGGUUGAGUCAGAUGAGAAAAGGUAUUUAGAUAUAAGUGAAAUUUUAAAUGAUGAGAACUUCAAAAAAAUGUUAUCGCAACAAACAAAAGAGCAAAGGAAAAGUUUUCUUCAAUCCAAAUCUAAAUCAGUCCCAGAAUCCUCAGAACCUCCACAAAGAAUAAAUCGAAGUGGAUCGGCGGGAGGAGAAACUCACACUGAUGUAAUGGUCAGUGCAGAAGAUCGAAAUAGUGACGACAUAUCUGUAGAAGGGACCCCAACGCCAGCCCUCACUUGUCACACAUUUGACUCCCAAAGAAACACAAGUGAGUGUUACAUAACUGACUGUGAUAUGUGCACAGCAGAGGGCAGAAAGUGUUGCAGUCUGGAUGAUUCCGGAUCACAAUCUUGUAGUUUCACCAGUCCCGAAAUGAUUACAACAAAUGAACUAAAAUCCUCGUCUGAUUACACUACCAGCUCGAUGACUCUUGAUCAAACUGUAAGCGACCGAACAAUAUCCACUCAAGACUCUACAGUCAGUUUGACAUCAAUAACACCAGAAAGUGGAGAAUCCAAAGGAAACAUCAACAUUUCACCUAUUUUAGUAAUAAACUCUGAGACAAUAAUAGUAGAUACAAUAUCUCCUAGAAACAAAACAAAAGAUAGAGAGAUAUUUCAUCCUUCUGAAUCAAGUCCAAGUGAUAGUUCCAAAUCUGAUUCCCAACCAGCUGAAUUACAUUUCUCUGAUUCAUUUCCAGCCAUAAUAAGCUGUGAAAGUGCUAUUGUAUCCAAAAUACAAGAUAAUAAUUUACUGAAAUGUGAAAAGUUAGACGGUAUUGAAAGAAAUAAUGAACUAUUGACCAUAACUGAAACUAAAAGUGUACUUGAAGAGCCUAUAUAUCCUGAGUUGAACAAUAAUGAAAUUGAUGUUAUAAAAGAAUCAAAUGAAGAAGAGGAACCACAGCCAACUGAAAAUUUAGAGCACUCAAGCACAAAAGAUAAUAAAGAAACUGAAACAAAAGGAGAGGUAGUAGGAAAUUAUUCUACAAAUUAUUUAUAUUUAACAGAAGAAGACUCUGGAACUAACUCAGAUCAAAUUGAAGCACAACGAGAGGUAAAAGGAAAUUAUGCAACAAAUUAUUUAUAUCUAACAGAGGAAGAAUCAGGAACUAAUCCUGAAGAAAUUGAAGCUCAUCGGGCAAUAAAAGGAAAUUAUACAACAAAUUAUUUAUAUCUAACAGAGGAUGAAUCAGGUGUUAACCCCGACUCUUUAGAAAUCAGCAGAAAGGAAUCUAAUGUAACAAAACAAUCCGAAGAUGACUUUGAAAUGGAUUCCCUUGCAAUAAAUGAGUCCACUGAAGAGGAUUCAAAUCUUCUUGAAAAUUUAGGAUUUUGUGAAGAUUUAUCAAAAAUUCAGUAUCCACCAAAUAUUAAUGCUGUCAUAGAUGCACCAAAAAAUGAGCCCAGUGAUACAAAUGUACAAGAAAAAUUUUAUGGCAAUACUACCUAUGAACUGCUUUUGAAAGACAAUGUUGACAAUAAAGCUAAUUUCAUGGGUAAUGUGAUGCCGGCAGUAGAAGAUAAAGGAACUCCACUUAAAUGUAAUAAUUUGUUUGACAAACCUUUCCAAGGUUCAAAAACAAAACUUUGUUCAGACACACCUGAUAUUUUGGAUGAAACAAAACCAGAAGACAAUGAUAUUCUUGAUGAAAAGGAUAAUAUCAGAUUAUUUUCUGACUCAGAAACUACAAUGGGAUCUGUAGCCGGAGGAACAUACUGGGAGCUGCCUGGAAAAGAACUUGUCAUACCUAGAUUUUCCGCUUUGCCUCGGACACUUUCCAUGAUUGUUAAUACAUCAUCUUUGGAUUGUUCCAGUGACAGUGAUCUUAGUUUGGCAGAUAGUCUGGAAGAUAAUAAAAGUGAUGACAAAUCAAAAGGACUAAAAUUGUAUAAUAAAUAUGAUAAUCGUUUGGUUAGAGGUGACAUCAUAGCAUUACUCCCUGAGGAAACUGGAUGUUCUAAAAAAUCAUCAAAAGAACCACAAGCUUAUUUUUUAUCCCUGACAGGAGAAGAAGGCAAAAUAGAAGUAAAACAAAUUCCAGAGGAAUUAAAACAAAAACUUUUAAAACGGAGUAAAGAGGCAAAAAGGCGAUCUGAGCAUUCACUAAAUAGCGCAAAAAAAUGUAAGGGUAAACACUGUUCUAAGAAAAGUAGGAAAUAUCAUAAUCAUCGCUGUACAUCUACUAUAGAAUUCUCACCGAAUAAUAGUUAUCAAAAUACAGAACAUUCUGAAUCAACAGAUAAAAUAUCUAAAUGUACUCAGUGGGAGGAUUUUGGUUCAAGCAAAGACUCAUCCGACACUUUGGUCCCAUCAGAUUUUUCAGAAAGAGAUAAGGAUACAGUGUAUGAUGGAGAAGAAUACAAAACAAAAGAAACAGCAACAUCUCCUUACAUGUGUGACCUAUUACAAAGCCACCAACAGAACACUCUUACUGAUUGGCUUGAAACUAUAAAUAAUAGAUCCACAGAUUUAGAAGAUAGUAAAGUUUCCAACGUGCAUAGAAAUCUCAAUAAAAAUUCUAAAUUAUGUGAUAAUCAGAAUACUACAAGUGGUAUGUCUGAGGCCUCCAAACAUGUAAGCAAAGGGAUUCAAUGUAAAAAUAUGCCUCACAUUGAUUCUGCACUUGAUGAAGAGAUAUCCCAAAUACUGACUGAAACGUUGAAAGGUGACAUGGAAAACCAAGAAAAAGAAGAGCAAUGUAAAUUUAAAUGUAUUGAGCAUCAAGUUCCUUGGUCCAAACAUAUUGAAACUCAAGUUUCUGAAACAGAUUUUUAUGGGAAAAAUAUCUGUGACAAUUAUUACGAGAGUAUGCAAGGUACAAAUAUGGACAUUGACAAUGAUUAUCCAAUAAAAUCUAAAUCGGUACAAACAGUUGAUGGAACAGUAAAACAAAUUGAUCUAGAAAAAGAGCACAAAAAUAACUGUUCACUAACAUACACUAUGCAACAUAAUGAGUCAAACAAAAUUAAACUGAACUUAAGUGGCUCCUUGAAUGACAAAUGUGAUGUAUUCGAUCUAAACAAUAAAUGUUUAAAUGACAUUGUCGAAAACACUGAACGAUGCAAAACCCCCAUUCUAGGUGAAAGGGCUUCAAGCAAAAAUGAAAAUAUGGAAAAGCAGCAAGAAAAAAUCUUUGUUAAUAAGCCUACUGCAAAGUUCAACUUGAAAACUACACCAACACGACGACCAGGCAACUUGAGUAGUAGAUUUAGACAAAAGUUUGAAGUAAUACCAGAAGAAAAAAGUGGUUCAAUGGAUUCUUCCAAUGAUGAAAGAAAAUCACCAUUACCAACAAGAAAUAGAAGAGCUUCUAUGCCCUCAGAAAUGAUAAUGGCAGAUAUAGGAGGGCACAAUGAAAACAAAAGUAGUGACAGCAGUACAAGUAGUAGUAUCGACAAACAAGAAAGUGAAGAGUGUGACCACAUCCGCAAUGUUCAGACAUCUCAAAAUGAAGGCAAUGACUACCACAGGCGACACACUAUACAUGGAAAUUUAACCUCAAGACAUACAAAAAUGGAUUCAUCAAACACCUCAUUUGAGAAAAACGAGCAAUCAAGACGACACACUAUUCACGGGAGCUUAGCUCUUAAUUCCAAAAAUGAAUCCAUGAUUAAACAGUUGAAUUUACUAGGAGGGACAUUACUAAAAGGAAGAGUUUUUGGAAAACAGUCUGGGGUAAUGUUUGGAAGAUUUCGGCCAAUAAAUGAAGAAACACAAGUGCAAAAAGAUGAACGAUCCCUUGUAGAAGAACACUUAGAACGUCUAAGGAGAGAGUCAUCAAAAGGGAGAGAGGCAUUAGCAGUAGCUAAAACUGAAGAACAAGAAGAAUUAGUGACACUUUCAAAAGGAUGGAUUAACUUUUAUUUGUUAAGAGAUAGCCAAGAUUUGGGAUCAGAUGGCAGCAUUGAUGAAGGUUCCCAAGACUUGGCCAAUGAGGAUAAGUCUCGGCGAGCCCCUCCAUCGAUGAAGACUGUGACCGUAGUCAGUAAACCCGAGGAGGAGUUACGACACCAGUACACAGUACAGAUUAAUGCUUCUCCUGAGACUGGCAAACUACCAGACCUCAGCAGCCAGCAUCAUAAAAACUUCAAAACUCCAUCCGUCAGUCCGGAGCUUAUUCUACCGGAUAUCACACCUACUUCUUCACCCCCGACAAGCCCACUGUUACCUGAGAUCCCAAUAUCCAUAAAAUCCGAACUUCCUCAGAUACACUCUAAAAGGCAAGACAAGACAAAAAGAAGUACCAAUGACAAAUUCAAAUCUAAUAAUAAAAAACCUGCAGAGAAGCCUGACAAAAAAGAAAAGAUUCAAACCGGUGAAACAGACCUUCGUUAUUUGAAACUAUCUUCGAUGAAACAGGAACUCCAGACUGAAAAGACAUAUUAUGCAAGGUCAGGGGAAGUAGCCUGCUCUGAACUAUCUCCAUCAAGUAAGUCGUCAUCAUCGUCAGUAACAGCUGACAGCCCAACAUUACCCAGUAUUAAGUGGCCAUCACGUCAGCUGCAGAGACGCUCACACACUCGCCAUUCACGCUCCCAGUCCUCUCAUCCUAACACUCAAGCAUGUUGGACUGUAACAUUGGCGGGCAGCAGUGGACACCCAAGCCAGCCCCCACCUGACGUGGAGAUGAGGCUGAGUUUCUCUAACACAACCAGGGGCCAGGCUACAAGCCAAUCUGACUCUGGACUCGGGGAGGAUGGGCCCAGUGACCGGGGCAAGAAACAGCAAGCUCUACCACCCCCACUGGCUCAGAGCAAUCAGUGGAAAGUUAUGCUGAAGACACAACAAGAAACAGACAGAUCGAGCGACCCACCAAAAGGAGACAAAAGAACAUGUCUGCCAGAUUUCAGCUACACUCCAAGCACAGCUCGAUCCAAAAAAAGUACAAAGAGAGGAGGUCAAGAGGACUCGAGCCGACCACUUUCUGUCAAGGUCCAGGAGAUUCUAGAGCACAACAUUAGUCUGCAUAAAAGUAGUGUGACAGAAGGAGAGUGGGUGGAGGGGCUGAGUGUAACAGGACUUGCCAUCACGCCAGAGCGCAAGCCUAGAGUGCCUACCAUGAGUGAGCGAGAUCUGACACGUCAGUGGUUCCACCGUUCCAGACUCUCUCAGUGAUAAUCUCAGUCUACAGACAGUGAUUGGGCUUGGGCUUGGGAAAGAAAGGUUCAGAACAAGAUUGUUUAAUGUUUAGUUAUAACAAACCUGAAACUAAAGCUAAUAGUUACCACAAUAUUAUAUUUAAAAUUUAACAUUUUAAAUGGUGAGGUUAUAAAUGAGUAGCCAACCUGAAGUGGAAUCAAGAAUUUUAUUGUCAUUAAACAUAAUAUACGCAAUUGACAAAGUCAAGUGUUUUACCAUACUUAAUAAUUAAUUCAUAGGUUUUUUUAAUCUAUGGUAACAAUAGUGAUGAACUACACAUUCUAUAAAACUAUUUAUUGGAGCCGGACUAAUUGUAAGUUGAACAACAAUAUGAAAUAUAGUUGAACUUAUAUAAAAAUAAAUACUUUAAUUGCUCCUAAUAUUUUGUGUAGACAAAAUUAACUCUUUGAGUGCCACAAUGAUGAAGUUACCAUCAGCUGCUAUGUGAACUGCCAUGCUGACAAAUCUCCGCCACCAUCACAUUUCUCUAUUAGUCCAGGAGCUGAGAGCCAAUUUGUAUUUUAUAACGCUAUGAUCUGGUUAUUUCUUUGAAAUCAAUAGAGGAAUUUUUCUUAAGACAGAAAUCCAUCAUCAGUCAUGCUAGUUUCGGUGGAGAUUGACAUUUUUCCAGAUCGUAUCUUUAGCUUGAGACACUUAAAACUGACAGUUGGACACAUAAAUAAAAGUUUUAUUACAAGAUAUAAAGUCAGUAAACUAGAUAACAAGACUAAAGUUAUUACUUUUAGCCAAAUAAUCAGAUUGUAUAUAGUUAGUUGGUGCUGAUUAAACAUUUAUUUACGUGUCUGAAGAUUGGUUUUUAAGUGUCAAAAGCUAUAAAAAAAUAUGAUCUGGUAAAAAUUAUUGUUUCAUAUUUUUAAUCUUUUCAAUACCCUACCAUUUCUAGCUCCACCAAAACAAGUCCAUUUGACGAUCGAAGAGAAAUUCCUCUAUUGAUUUCAAAUAAAACAAGAUCAUAUUCUUAUAUAAUACAAAUUGGUUCUUCCUCCCUGGACUAUAUUUUUAUGUUUCUUAGCCUUUCAAUGUUUAAAUUAAUGCAAUAUUUGUAAAAAUCCAAUUCAGAAAAAUUAUAAGAAUAUCAAAGCAGCGUUCAAUAUGGCGCUGCCAUCAGUUGUGAGGCAGGCAGUAAUCCAGCCCAGAAUUAUGUGUAACCUAUCCACAUAUUAAAUAUCUGUAUAUAUUUUGCAAAUUUCUUCACAUUGUAUAAUUUGUGUUUUAGUAAUAUAUAAUUAUUCUUUAGUGCUGCACUGCAAGUUUUUUACAUCAUAAAAACAAUUUAAUGCGUUAUUUAAAUUAUAUAAUGUAAUCUAAAAUGUAUAAAGGGUCUAUAUAUGUGCAUAUAACACAUUGAAAUUUUGCUAAUUUGUUAUUAGAAAUAUUUUCUUUGGGAGUAAAAUUAUUUCCAUUGCAUUUUUUAAAUAUUUAUAAAAACAGCAAUGUAAUUCAAAAGAGUACAAAAUUUUAUUUUUGAAAAUAGCACAAAAUAAGAAUAAAUUUGGUUAUAAAAGCAUAGUCCUAUUAGAAAAAACAUUUUGAUAUUCAGUAUUAUAAGUUGCUAUGGAAAUAACAAAGUUAAAAAAGUUUUACAAACUUUCUACAUAGCUGAGAUUACCAGGUCUGGCAUUUUCAGAAAUUAGCUGAACAUAAAAUUACAGAAUAUUUGGUCAUGGCACUGAAAGUGUUAAACAUAUCAGAAAAUUAAGUUAUCUACUCAAAAUAAUAUCAAUUUGAAAACACUGAAUUAAAAGUAUUUAAUACCACAAGAAUGUUGGGAUAUUGUUAAAAACAAAUAAUUACAGUUUCAAAUGUGUUUAUUUUGAUGUAAAUUACAUUUUUACUAAAAAGGCAGUAAAAUGUGUAUGUAAUUUUUUUUAAUAAAAAAGGAAAAUGUACUAGAAUGAAAUGUUAUCAUAGUUAUUGUUAUUGUUUAUGAAGAUUGAGAUUUUUAUGAUGAUACAAGCCAGAUUGAGAUGUUACUCAGGUUACUAAUUGAUAUAUCUCCUGAACUGUAUAUGUAACUAGUUUUAGUUAUUUGUUAUAAAAUGUGUUUGUUUAUAAUUGUGAAGUAUUUUAUACAAAUAUAUAAUUUAUAUUAAAUUUAA